CGAGGUUGUGGCACUCGCGACUGGGUCAUCCGUCUUUUGAGAAACUGUCUAUUUUAUCAUCUUCUUUGAAUCAUAAAAUUGUGAGGAAUAAUGAUUCUUGUAGCUCUUGUCUGCGAGCCAAGAAGACUAGGACACCUUUUCAGUCGAGUACAAUCAAAACUACAUCUUGCUUUGAGUUGAUUCACGUUGAUAUUUGGGGAAGCUACAGUCAGGCAUCUUUCACCGGUGCACAUUAUUUCCUUACGAUCGUGGAUGAUUUUAGUAGAUGCGUAUGGGUUUUUCUCUUGAAAUAUAAGUCUGAGGCUGCUCAUUAUCUCCUGCUUUUCUGCAAUCAAGUCGUCACUCAAUAUAAGAUAAAGGUUCGUAGAAUUCAGGCGGACAAUGGUCCAGAGUUUAAUACUGCUGUUCUACGUGAUUACUAUGAAGAAAAUGGGAUUAUCUUACAAACUUCAUGUACAGACACACCUCAACAAAAUGGAGUAGUUGAACGAAAACAUCGUCACCUGCUUGACACAGCUCGAGCUCUCAUGUUUCACGCGGGCUUACCAUCUCGUUUUUGGGGAGAGUGUGUACUUACAGCAGUCUAUCUUAUUAAUCGUAUGCCUCUCACUCCAGUUCAAAAUAACACUCCUUAUCAGCUGUUACUCGGCAAACCGCCUUCGUAUUCACAUCUGCGCAGCUUGGGGUGUCUUGUGUAUGUGAAGGAUAAUCAUCAUGGCCUUCGCAAGUUUGAUCCACGAGGUCGAGCAGGUGUCUUCAUAGGCUAUCCAGCCUCACAGCGGGGAUAUCGUGUCUACGAUCUUGCUACGAAAGUGAUCACCACAUCUCGGGACAUCACCUUCUUAGAAGAUAUAUUCCCAUUUCGAGCUUUACCUUCCCAGGUCUCACGUGAGUAUUUAUUAUCUUCACCUUUGCAUGAGAAUGCAUGGAAGGAGCACGAUUCCCUUCUCACCCAUGACGUCCUCAACUCACUUCAUUUUGAGGAACCUGACGAAUCCCUCAAGAAAACACCGGUCGAUGUGGAUCCCUCCACAGAGCAUACCACUUCUGGCCAUGCAUCUCCCCAUGCAUCUGCUUCACAGCAAUCUGCUCUCAGGUCCACAUCACCUGAUCCUAACCUCACUCAAGGGACACCUACCCAGGCGCAGGAUGAUGGAAUGGCACAACUUGAGCUACCCCAGCUUCCUCGACGUAGCAAUCGGCAACCACAUCUCCCCAGGCAUUUUGAUGGGUACGAUGUUGAGCUACCCAGAUCGCUCCCUCGUACAGAACCCUCAGCCUCCUCUGUUCUUUAUCCCAUCGAGAAACACAUCACAUAUGAUCGUCUAUCCACCAGCUACAAAGCCUACCUCGCGAGCCUUGAUGAGAUCUCAGAGCCUCGAAAUUUCUUUGAGGCAGUUCUGUACAAGCAGUGGCGCGACGCCAUGCAAGCUGAAGUCACUACUCUCGAAGCGAAUGGUACGUGGAGUUUGGUGUUCUUACCCCCGGGAAAACGGACGAUUGAUUGUAAAUGGGUUUAUAAAAUCAAAUACAACCCCGAUGGUUCUAUUGAAAGAUUUAAGGCGCGAUUGGUAGCGAAAGGUUUUACACAGGUAGAAGGACUCGACUAUCAUGAUACUUUUGCCCCUGUCGCUAAACUUGUCACUGUUCGCUGUCUUCUCGCUGUGGCUGUCAGCAAAGGGUGGUUCAUUCACCAACUAGAUGUCAACAAUGCUUUCCUCCAUGGGGACUUGCACGAAGAAGUCUACAUGAAAGUUCCUCAAGGAUUUGCUCGGAAAGGAGAUAUUCGAGUAUGUCGUUUGCACAAAUCUAUCUACGAGCUCAAGCAAGCUUCACGUAAUUGGUACGAAAAAUUCUCCCAAGCACUCUUGGCACUGAAUUUCUCUCAAAGUCGUGCCGACCACUCUUUGUUCAUCUAUCGGUCGGGCACUUCCUUUGUGGCGGCAUUGAUAUAUGUUGAUGAUGUAGUAUUGGCGGGUAAUGAUCUUUCCUUAAUUCAGCAAGUAAAAGCCUCGCUACAUGAUCAGUUCACCAUUAAGGAUUUGGGACCAUUGAAGUAUUUUUUGGGCAUUGAAGUUGCCCGGUCGCCAAAGGGAGUUGUACUAAAUCAGCGAAAAUAUGUUCUGGACAUACUAGCUGAUACUGGUUUCAAGGGGACACGGCCGUGUCAGUCUCCUAUUGAGCAAAAUCAUCGUCUUGGACGUUCACCCUCGUCUCCGGUUGAUGAUCCGUCUGCUUUUCGACGACUUGUAGGGCACCUGCUAUAUCUCACAGUUACUAGGCCAGACAUUGCCUAUGCAGUCAACUUACUGAGUCAGGUUGUACAUGCCCCUACGCAAGAUCAUCUGGAUGCAGCUCAUCGCAUCCUGCGAUAUCUCAAGCAGUCACCAGGACGAGGAAUUUUUCUGGCUACUGAUAGUUCAUUGGAUCUUGUUGCUUAUUGUGAUGCGGAUUGGGGAGGUUGUCCCACCAGUCGACGAUCAACGACUGGUUAUUUUAUUCAGCUCGGGCGAUCUCCCGUUUCCUGGCGUACGAAGAAGCAGUCAGUUGUUGCUCGAUCUUCUGUCGAGGCUGAAUAUCGAGCUAUGGCUAGCACCGUUAGUGAGAUCAUCUGGCUUCGCUGGUUACUUGAUGACUUGGGAGUCAAGCAGAAGACGGCGACACCACUUUACUGCGACAAUCAGGCUGCUCUUCACAUUGCAGCCAAUCCUGUCUUUCAUGAGCGGACUAAGCACGUGGAAAUGGAUUGCUAUUUUGUCCGUGAGCGAGUUCUAUCUCGAGACAUUUCACCUCUCAAGAUCUCUUCGGCUGAGCAACAGGCUGACAUGUUCACCAAAGGUCUCAGUGUAGACCAGUUCACUCAUCUUCUGUCCAAGCUCGGCAUGUUCGAUAUCCAUGCUUCUGCUUGAGGGGGAGUGUUGAAUAUAUAUGUCAAUAAUCAUAUUGUAAUUUGCCUUAGUUGUUUGAGUUGAUCAGGCAGAUUACCUCCUUCCUUAUGUAUCUCGUAUUCCAUUCCUUGUCCAAGAAGCAUAUGCUUCUCGUCUAGUCUAGGGUAUGUCCGCCCAGUGAUGUAUAAAUAGUAGGCCCUUCAUUGUAGCCGCUAUCAUAAAAUCGUCAUAAUAAAAUCAGUAGUCUGAGAGCUUUCAAGCUCUCCGUGGAUUAGUCUCGUUCAUACUGAACGAGGAUACCACGUAAAUAUCGUGUUCUGUGAUUGUUCGUUCUUCCGCGUUUUGGUUUUCUACAAAGAGCAAUUGGAGAAGAGAUUGAAUGGAAGGGCCAAGGGACUGAGAGUCCUCCAAUGAUUUAGUGAGAGCAAGCAGAUGAGUAAUAAGAGGCUCUAAUUCCAGAAACCUAGUUUUGGAGAAUGAAGAGGAAAAGGACCAAGGUUAGGGUUACAGAGAAAGUGGUGCGGAGAGAUGAAGAGGUGGCAGACGAGAGAAAGUGGAGAUGGAAAGAAUAAGACAUAGGUGAUCGUCGAUUGAGAUUAUCAACGUAGAUCCGAGCAAAAUGAAAAGAGAAAGACAGUGACGGUGAACUCCGGCGGAGGGAAACAGAGUAGCUGGGUUUCGGCAAGAACGACGUGUUGGCGGCAUAGAUAUACGUCUCGGAGGAAGGGAAAGAAGUCACUCUCUUCCUUCAUCUUUACUGUAUUUUUUAAUUUUAUAUAUUUUUCAGUUAAUUAGAAGAAAAAAUCUAACAAUUCCAACGUGGCAAAGUUGAUAAGAAAACUUGCCACAUCAGCCUAAAACUUUAGUCCAAUCAGCAUGCCGUUAAAGUUCUUGACGGAAUGGCUAUAUUUGUGUAUUUUUAAAAAAUUGGCUACUGUUGU